AUGGCUGAUCCAGCCUCCAAGGCCAUUGUUUCGGCCGACGACCGCGCAGCAAAGUUGAGAUUUGCUGAAGCCGAAAGAACUUACGGACGUGGCAAGGCGGCCUCGACAAAGAAUGUCCGCGACAAGAAGCUCCGUGCCACACUGAAGGCCCAGGAAGCCAAGCAGAAGCAGGCCAUCCUGCAGGCGAAGGAUGCAGAGAUCUUGCUAGAGCACGAGGCAGGAUUCCUCGAGCCCGAGGGCGAACUCGAAAAGACCUACAAAGUACGACAGGAUGAGAUCCAGCAAAGCGUUGGAAUCGAGACGGCGAAGAAGGGCUUUGAGCUCCGGCUCAAUGACUUUGGCCCCUAUCGCAUGGAUUACAGCCGAAACGGUCGCAAUUUGCUAUUGGCGGGUCGGAAGGGUCAUGUUGCGACAAUGGACUGGCGUGACGGUACACUGGGCUGUGAGCUGAAUCUGAACGAGACUGUUCGGGAUGCGCGCUGGUUGCACAACAACCAGUUCUUUGCGGUUGCGCAGAAGAAAUAUGUUUACAUCUAUGAUCACCAAGGUGUUGAGUUGCACUGUUUGAGUAAACACUUGGAGCCGCUCUUCCUCGAAUUCCUGCCCUACCACUUCUUACUUGCCAGUGCUCAAAUCAGCGGCUACCUCAAAUACACCGAUACCUCGACCGGUCAGACGGUUGCUGAACUCCCCACUCGCCUUGGAAGGCCAACCGCCCUCUGCCAGAACCCAUCCAACGCUAUUCUCCACACCGGACACCAGAACGGAACUGUGACUUUAUGGUCCCCCAACUCUCAAACCGCCCUUGUUAAGGCUCUUGUGCACCGUGGACCUGUCCGAUCUAUGGCCAUCGACCGUUUGGGUCGUUACAUGGUCUCCACAGGCCAAGACCAGAAAAUGAACAUCUGGGAUAUUCGUAUGUUCCGCGAGGUCCACUCAUACUCCUGCUACCAGCCUGGUGCAUCCGUGUCCAUCAGUGACCGCAACCUCGUAGCCGUUGGCUGGGGCACACAAGCCAGCGUAUGGCGGGGUCUUUUCGAUGCCGCGCAAGCAGACCAGGGCAAGGUCCAAAGUCCCUACAUGGCCUGGGGUGGUGAUGGCCAGCGUAUCGAGAACCUGCGCUGGUGCCCAUACGAAGAUAUCCUCGGUGUAGGACACGACCAAGGUUUCGCCAGUAUCCUCGUUCCCGGUGCCGGAGAACCCAACUUCGACUCACUGGAGGCCAACCCUUACGAGAACGUCAAGCAGCGACAGGAGGCCGAGGUGCACGCGCUGCUCACCAAGUUGCAGCCGGAUAUGAUCUCUCUCGAUCCCAAUGUCAUUGGUCGUCUCGACACUAUCAACGACAAGAAGGUUCAGGAGGCGAAGAACACCGACGUCCGGCCCGAGGAUCAUAUGGAGAAACUCAAGAACCGUGGUCGUGGUCGCAACAGUGCGCUGCGGAAGUAUCUUCGCAAGAAGGGUCGUACCAAUGUUAUCGACGAGAAGCGGGUCAAGGCCGAGACUUUGCGCAAGGAACAUGCCGAGCGCCGGAAGGAGAAGCUCAAGCAAGAGCGCGACGAUUUGGGACCCGCUUUGGCUCGCUUUGCCAAGAGGGAUUGA